AUGGAUAAAAAGAUAGUGCGCAAAGGGCCGCUGCCUGGGGGUCGCCGGGGCGCGUCUGGAGCUGGCGCUGGACGCGGCAGCAUGCGGGCCGCCAGCCGAGCGCGAGGAGCUGCACGGUCAUCUACCAGCCCUCCGCAUCCAUCGUCCCCACCAGAAGGCUUGGUGUCGGCUGGGUCUUCUCGGACUCAGCAAGCGGCACCCGCCGCUGGUGGAGCACGUCGCAUGCGUUGGUCACAAGAAAUGAAUGCAAACGCACUGCGGGCGUACUUUAGGGCAAAAGGGGAAGAAACUGGAUGUUUGGCGUAUCGGGCUAGGAUGCAUCGUCUUUUUGCUGAGCUGGAGCCAUCUUUAAUCGUCACAGAGCAAAACCUGGCAGACCGAGUUCGGUAUAUCUUGCGCUCAAAUAUAUUUGAUGUCGCCGAACUCGAACGGCUACGACGUGAGGCUGUUCCCUCGUCGGAUGAGAAUGCUACGGCUGAGGAUGCGGCGCCACAAAUGGUAGAGCAACCCGCAAACGUGGAUGCCGCCGUGAAUACCCCAGUUGUGGUUGAUUCAAACGAUGAUGGAACAGUCGCCCAGGAACUGGAAUUAGAGCAUAUGAGGAGUAUAUUGGAAGAGGCGAUUGUGGAAACGCGCAGUACGCCUCUCGAAAAUCGACCGCGACUUCCCCGCAUAGCCCUAAGCAAGCGGAAUCGGGCUGUCGUGAGGGCUCUGAACCCAAUGCUGGUUACCUAUUUGGAAGCCAGCCGGGACCUUUGCGAGACGGACUCAAUUCUUUUUGGCGCCGCGCUGGCAGUCUGCCGUAUCAUAGGCGCCAAGGUUUCCACGGCUGGACGCGCUACUGGCCAUAGUAGCGCUAUCCCAGCAUGGAGAAGAAGAAUUGAGGAACGUAUCGCAAAGGCUAGAGCUCUCAUCGGCAGACUGAUAUGCUUCAGAUCAGGCAACAACAGGCCAAGAAUUGUGCGCACCGUCAGGAUGGCGUUUGCUGGGACAAAUGUCAGUUUGUCCCAGCCGGAUAUAACGCAAAAACUGACGGAGCGCAUAGAUGAUCUGAAGCAGAGAAUCGCUGCUUGGGGAAAGCGGAUUCGGCGAUAUACCGAGAGGUCGACACGGUUCAACCAGAAUCGUCUCUUCCAGAGUGAUCAGAAGAGGCUCUAUGAAUCAUUGGAGCGACCAAUGGUAAGUGGAACGGGUCCAGCACCGAAUCAGGCCGACACUGUAGCAUUCUGGCGCGGCCUGUGGUCAGAGCCCGUAAACCACAGCGAGGGCCCUUGGACGGAAGUUGUGGCGAGUCAGUGUGCGGGUAUUACGCCCAUGGACCCCGUCAUCAUAACGCCGGAUGACGUAGCUGAGGCGGUUCGUAGGGCCCCGAACUGGAAAAGUCCGGGGCUUGACGGGCUGCAUCACUACUGGCUGAAGGGGUUCAUGGUGUGUCACUCUGUGCUCGCCCGACAGUUUCAAGAGGCUCUCAACCAGAAGUCGCUCCCAAGCCUCUUCACUACUGGGAUCACUCAUUUAGUUCCUAAAGACCAGGGUACCACAGACCCGAGCAAAUACCGCCCCAUCACAUACGACUACAAAGCCCGCGUUCGAGCUGAAAAACUGGUGGAGACAAUUUACGAUUUCACCAAAGACAUUCGUCGUCUUAAAGUCGCACCUACAGAUGCCGUGGAUGCUUUGAAACAUGAGAUGGCGAGAUUAAAGAUCGUGAAAACUCACUUUGAGUUCGACGAAUUCUUCUUGAAGUUCAUGCCGAAAGAGAUCCGCAUAAAGGUGGUACCUGACGUAGCGAAUCAAAUUCCAGUGCCGAAACAUGGAAUCUACUCAGAUAUCAUUCGAUAA